AUGAAACCUGUUUAUGAGAAAAGGGAUGCUUACAUUGAUGAAAUUGCAGAGUUUUGGAAAAUUGUCCUUUCUCAACAUGCUAGUUUUGCGAAUUACAUAAGGGCUUCUGACUUUAAAUACGUUGAUACUAUAGAAAAGAUCGAAGUACAAUGGUUGGCAUUGACGUCCGAAGCGCACGACACGAGAGAUUUUGGUAUCACGUUCCAUUUUCACGGCAUUGAAGGAGAUUUCAAACAGCAACAAGUAACCAAGGUAUUCCAAAUCAAGAAAAGCGGAGACGACCAAGAGGAAGGUAUAUUGACCAGUGAGCCUGUUUCGGUUGAAUGGCCACAAAGUUACGACUCAAUAAACCCGGACUUGAUCAAAGACAAACGCAAUCCGGAGGGAAAAAAGAAAUACAGGCAGGGAAUGAAGACCAUAUUUGGCUGGUUUAGAUGGACUGGAUUGAAACCCGGAAAGGAGUUCCCACACGGUGACUCAUUAGCAUCAUUGUUCAGUGAGGAGAUCUACCCUUUUUGCGUGAGAUACUACACUGAAGCACAGAGGGACCUGGAGGACGAAGAAGGAGAAUCCGGGCUAAGCGGAGAUGGCAACAGUGAAGAUGACGACGGAAGCCUUGGUGAGGUGGACUUGCCCCUAUCCGACGACGAACCAAGCUCUAAGAAGAGGAAGGUUUAA